UGGUAAUCAGUAUGAAAGAAAAGGAACUUAGAAAGUCUUGAAUGAUAUUUCAUUAUUAGUUAUGGCAGAAAUUUAAGAAUGAUCCUUUCCCUCUAUAAAGAACACUACUCGAGGGGCCUGGGUCCAUAAAUCAAGCAGUUGCUCUGUUCUUUUCCUUUGAGCAAAGCAAGAUGAGUCCUUCUUUGUCUCAGGUCCCUGUAGCUCAAUGUGUAUUACAGAUGAUGGACCACACAUCCCCGACCUACAUGCUUGCUAACUUAACCCACUUACACUCAGAACAACUUCUGCAGGGCUUGAAUCUCCUUCGUCAGCAUCACGAACUCUGUGACAUCAUUCUUCGAGUAGGUGAUGUUAAAAUCCAUGCUCAUAAAGUGGUACUUGCCAGCAUCAGCCCGUACUUCAAAGCUAUGUUCACUGGAAACCUUUCUGAGAAGGAGAACAAUGAGGUUGAGUUUCAGAGCAUUGAUGAAGCUGCACUGCAGGCCAUUGUGGAGUAUGCCUAUACUGGGACAGUCUUCAUUUCUCAGGACACAGUGGAGUCUCUCCUGCCAGCAGCAAACCUACUGCAGAUAAAACUUGUCCUGAAAGAAUGCUGUGCAUUUCUUGAGAGCCAACUUGACCCUGGGAACUGUAUUGGAAUUUCCCGUUUUGCAGAGACAUAUGGCUGUCAUGACCUUUAUUUGGCGGCUACUAAAUACAUAUGCCAGAAUUUUGAAUCUGUUUGCCAGACAGAAGAGUUUUUUGAGCUUACGUAUGCUGAUUUGGAUGAGAUUGUCUCCAAUGACUGCUUGAAUGUCGCUACUGAAGAGACAGUUUUUUAUGCAUUAGAGUCCUGGAUCAAGUAUGAUGUGCAAGAACGCCAGAAAUACUUAGCACAGCUGCUGAACAGCGUGCGGUUACCAUUGCUGAGUGUUAAGUUCCUCACUAGGCUCUAUGAAGCAAAUCACCUUAUCCGUGAUGAUCGCACGUGUAAACAUCUGUUGAAUGAAGCCCUAAAGUACCACUUCAUGCCUGAACAUAGACUCUCUCAUCAGACAGUCUUGAUGACGCGACCUCGCUGUGCUCCCAAAGUGUUGUGUGCGGUAGGAGGAAAAUCUGGACUCUUUGCCUGUUUGGACAGUGUGGAGAUGUACUUUCCCCAGAAUGACUCUUGGAUUGGUCUGGCGCCCCUAAAUAUUCCUCGCUAUGAAUUUGGGAUAUGUGUUUUAGACCAAAAAGUCUAUGUUAUAGGUGGUAUUGAAACUAGCGUGCGUCCUGGUGUCACCGUGAGAAAACAUGAAAAUUCAGUGGAGUGUUGGGACCCUGAUACAAAUACCUGGACUUCUCUAGAGAGAAUGAACGAGAGCAGAAGUACCCUUGGAGUAGUAGUCCUUGCUGGAGAACUUUAUGCUUUAGGUGGAUAUGAUGGACAGUCUUACUUGCAAUCUGUAGAGAAAUAUAUUCCCAAAAUAAGACAAUGGCAACCUGUGGCCCCAAUGACAACCACAAGAAGUUGUUUUGCUGCAGCUGUUCUGGAUGGAAUGAUUUACGCCAUUGGAGGGUAUGGCCCUGCUCACAUGAACAGUGUGGAGCGCUAUGACCCAAGUAAGGAUUCCUGGGAGAUGGUUGCGUCCAUGGCCGAUAAAAGGAUUCACUUUGGCGUCGGAGUUAUGCUAGGUUUUAUUUUUGUGGUAGGUGGGCACAAUGGUGUCUCACAUCUGUCAAGCAUUGAAAGAUAUGACCCGCAUCAAAAUCAGUGGACAGUGUGCAGACCAAUGAAAGAGCCCAGGACAGGAGUUGGUGCUGCAGUAAUUGAUAACAACCUUUAUGUAGUCGGUGGUCACUCAGGAUCUUCCUAUUUGAACACAGUACAGAAAUACGACCCUAUCUCAGAUACAUGGCUGGACUCAGCUGGCAUGAUAUACUGUCGCUGCAAUUUUGGAUUAACAGCACUUUGAGAAGUGUGAACUUGUGGGAAUCGCACAUGGUGGUGCCACGGAAAGAAGGCCCAGUGUCCUGAAAACUGCAUUGCUUUCUCUGUAACUUGAAGUGGCAUGAAGACUCAGAGCUUUGUUGGGUACUUUGAACAGACAAAUAGUUUGAACUGCUCUUGAUUAUAUAGUGAAUCAAUAAUUAAGAAAAAAACAGAAAGGAAGGAAAAAAAGGAAAGACCUAACCAAUUAAAUUGUGCACUUUUCUCCACUAAGACUGGGAUAGACUAGUUUUUAUAUUCCUAAAUGUAGAGAAAACCUUGCUGCUUUUUAAUUUUGUUUUUAAUAAUUUAAGCUCAUUUUUUUAAUCUAUAUUUUGAUUUAGUAGGAAGAGAGAAGCUUCAGACCCUGGAGUGUAUUGAAUGACUGGACAGAAUGUGGAUAGUGAUUGUUGGAUGUAAAUUCAUACGCGUCACAUUGGUUUUUUUAAAAAGGGCUGCUUUUCCUUUGGGUACUUUUAAGGAUUGUAAAUACCAUGUCAGUCAUCUGAGGGCUCUUUCUGCUAAAUGAUUUUAGGGCUAAUAGUGUAAUAAAGUUGCAGAACAAUGGCUUUUAUUAUCAUAUUUGGGGCCCUGUUUAAGACAGGGCAUAUUUAUUGUUUGUACUUUUUCUGUAUGGGCUGAUGACCUCCUCUGUGCUUUGUGAGCAUGGAUAGAGAGCAAAUCGCGUGGUUUCAGCUGUUCUCUAGCGCUACACAGCAGGCGUCUGACAGUCAAUGUAAAUACAUUUGGAAGCUGUCUAGUACCACCCUUGAUGCAUAUUGUUGUUUUCAUAUAUUCUUAAUUUUAGUUUUUUAAGGUCCUGAUUUUGUUUUCAGUGUUCAAAUAUAAAAAUGGUGCUAACUGUAGGAUGUAUAACAAAGCUGUAACCAAUGUUAUUUGGGUGUUCAGUGUGAGAUGCAUGAUGUACUAUGAUAAUCUUUUUCAUUUUUUAUUGGCUUGACUUCAUUUGUGCUUAUGGAAAAUAAUAGUGAUUACAUUAAUGUUAACAUCCAAAACCAUCUGAAUGGCUUGAGUUAUACUUCCCAUGGUUUUUGAACGGUGACUUAAAGAAUGAUGCUUUUUUUUUUUUUAAUUUUCUUUCUUGUUCUAGAAAUUACCUGUCCUUCAAUACAGAAAUACAUGCACCAAAUACAACAUGCUAGGCAGGUGUGCAUUACUUUUUUUAUUUCUUAGGUAACUGAGUAUUUUUAAUUUAUUGAGGAAAACUGGAACUCGAUGUUUACUUGAAUAAAUGGUUCUAAAUUUGGUUCUGCUUUGAUUAAAGAAACAAUCUUUCACAACAAAA